UAGCAAUGUAACCAACUGCGGAGGAAACUCACGAACAUACUUUCCAGAAAUAGAUGACUAUAGAUUAGUCAGGGCAAUGGGUUUUAGGAAAUACAAACUCUAAAAAUAGAUUGUACGCAUGGUCUUCAACUAGAAUAUUCCAGGCCGCAAGAUUUGGGGCUAUAAAGUCGAUACGAGGCUGACAGUCUACGGUUCGGAAUUACUUCUGAAGUGAGUACGUACGCCAGUGAAUUAAGCAGUUGGAGAUGACGAAUCCUACAGUAGUUGAUAAUCAGACUGUUUUAGAUGCCGAGUCGUGGAAGGAGAAAGGUAACAUAGCUUUUAAAAAUGGUGACUGGGAUGAAGCCUACAAGUGUUACACGAGAGCUCUUAAGCAGACAAAAGAAGAUACACCAGAAAAAGCAGUGUAUUACAAGAAUCGGGCGGCAGUACAUCUCAAGAAAAAUGAAUACAAUGAAGCGCGCGAUGACUGUACUGUCGCACUUGACAUAGUAACUAAUGAUCCCAAGGCAUUGUUCAGACGAUGUCAGGCCUUGGAAGCACUGGAGAAAUAUGAAGAAGCUUAUCGUGAUGCCCGGCAAAUUCAUACAGUUGAUCCAGGAAAUAAAGCUAUCCAACCAAUUCUUGAAAGACUUCAUCAGGUAGUGCAAGAGCGCAUACGACAGAAUGCACAGACAACCAACAAAGUGGCACAAAUGUUCACGUAUGCAUUUGAUAUUGAAGAGGAGAAAGAAAAGCGGGAAACUGCAAUAAAAAACUUACUGGUGCUGGCACGUGAUAAGGUAGGUGCAGAAAUUAUGUACCAAAGUGGAAUUGUACAUAGGAUCAGUAGUCUACUCAAAGUUGAGAAGAAUAAGGAAAUUUUCCUAAGUGCAGUGAGAAUUGUGGGCGAACUAUGUAAGAACUGUGUACAGAGGACAAAAGGCGUGCUUCAGGAAGUUGGUGUUCCGUGGUUCCUAGAUAUUUUGAACUGCAGGGAGGAAGUGCAAGUGAAUGCAGCUCAGUAUUGCAUACAGACCAUUCUCAAUAGUCUGAGUGGGAUGGAUAACAAACCAGACAGCAAGCCCCAGUCAGAAUUGUGUCAGGAGAAUAAAAAUGAAAUAGAUACUAUGCUCACUUGCCUUGUAUAUGCAACAACCAGUCGCACUAUCUCAGGGUUAGCUCGGGAUGCUCUUAUGGAACUCCUUACUCGCAAUAUUCACUAUUCUGCAUUGAAUUGGGCUGAGCAUCUUGUUGAAAUCCAUGGUCUGCGCCGUCUUAUGGAGGUUGCAAGUGAGUUGGAAGAGUACAAGUACGAGUCUUCCAUGGAGAUCACAUCAUCUACACGCACUAUUUCAUCAGUGUGUCUUGCCCGUAUUUAUGAGAAUAUGUACUAUGAUAAGACUCGUGCCCGAUUCCUCAAUAGUGUGGAUGAUUACAUCAAAGACAAGCUCAUAACACCAGACAUCGAAUCAAAGGUGCGUGUAGUUGUAGCACUGACAACUCUUCUGUUAGGGCCAUUGGAUGUGGGCAAUACAAUUGUAUCUCGGGAAGGAAUUAUGGAAAUGAUCCUUGUUAUGGCUGGUACGGAUGAUGUCCUACAACAAAAGGUGGCCUGUGAAUGCAUCAUUGCAGCAGCUUCCAAAAGAGAUAAAGUGCAUAGUAUCAUCAAACAAGGAGUUGACAUCUUGAAGAAACUAUAUCAGUCCAAGAAUGACAAUAUUCGUGUUCGUGCCCUGGUUGGUUUAUGUAAAUUGGGUAGCAGUGGAGGCAUUGAUGCUUCAAUACGGCCAUUUUCUGAUGGUUCUACAACUAAGUUGGCUGAGGCUUGUCGGAGGUUCUUGAUUAAUCCCGCCAAGGACUGUGAUAUGCGAAGGUGGGCUGUGGAAGGUCUUUCAUAUCUCACCUUGGAUGCUGAUGUAAAGGAGAAGCUGGUGGAAGACAAAGAUGCCCUUCGUGCUAUGAUUGAACUAGCCAAGGGUGGUGAUCAGUCUGCAGUGUAUGGUUGUGUGACAACACUUGUUAACUUGGCCAAUGCAUAUGAAAAACAAGAAGUGAUCCCAGAGAUGGUGGAACUUGCAAAAUUUUCAAAACAUCAUAUCCCAGAAGAACAUGAACUGGAUGAUCCAGAUUUUGUAGCUAAGAGACUCGAAAUUCUGGCAAAGGAAGGUGUUACAAGUGCAUUGGUGGGUUUAUCUAAAACUGAAAGUCAAAAUACAAAGGAACUAAUUUCCAGAGUAUUCAAUGCAAUAUGCUGUCAGAAGGACUUAAGAGGUUUGGUGGUACAGCAGGGUGGAGCAAAGGUAUUGCUUCCGAUGGCUUUGGAAGGAACUGAAAAGGGGAAGAAACAAGCUGCUCAGGCUCUUGCUCGUAUUGGGAUUACCAUUAAUCCUGAAGUUGCGUUUCCUGGACAAAGAAGUGUUGAAGUUAUUCGUCCGCUCCUCUCUUUAUUGUCACUAGACUGUAAUGCUCUGGAGAAUUUUGAAGCUCUUAUGGCACUGUGCAACUUGGCAGGGGUCAAUGAAACUAUCAGGAAAAGAAUAGUCAAGGAUGGUGGUGUACCCAAAAUAGAAAACUACAUGUAUGAAGAGCAUGAAAUGUUGAAAAGGGCCGCGACACAGGUGAUGACGAACCUUAUCACAUCUCCUGAUGUUGUGAAGAUAUAUGAGGGUAAAAAUGAUCGCACCAAACUUCUGGUAUUGCUGUGCAGUGAAGAUGAUGAGGAAACAAACAUGGCCGCAGCUGGUGCACUUGCUGUUCUCACUUCAGCUAGCACAAAGGCAUGCAAGAAGGUGUUUCAACCACAGACUUGGUUAGACAUUUUGCAUAAGCUUUUGGCAAAUCCUAAUAAAGACCUGCAGCAUAGGGGAGUUGUCAUUGUGUACAACAUGAUGCAUAGCUGCAAGGAUGUUGCAGAGAAGCUCGUUGCCACUGAUAUCAUGGAGAUUCUCAUGGCUCUUUCCACCAUUAAGGAGGAAGGUAAAGAGAAAGUAUGGGAAUAUGCUGGAGAGGCACUGAAGGCAGCAGAAGAAUGGAAACUUAUCAGAAAGCCAAGUGAAGAACAUGAAGAAGAAGAAGAAGAUGUGGAAUAGUGCUGAAGCCAGUAACCUAUAAAUGCAGUAAUACAAGACCUUGGUCACUGAAUUUUUCAGAUACAAAAUGUAACAAAAAUUUGAAGUCACAUAAUUUCAGUAUUAAUUAUGGGAUAAGUCUCGGUGUAAUCAUUUCACAGCUUCCUAUAACAUUUUGGUUUUGUGAAAACUUCCAGCAUGGGAGUUUUGUGUAAUUAAUUAUUAGUUACAGAACCAGAAUCCAUAUCGAGGACAUGAAAUCAGUAUAUUUUUAAAUGGCUGCAUUUUUGUAAAAUCUCAAGUCAGUUGAUAUUCAAAAUUGAUACCGUGUUCAUGAAUUUAUAGUUCACCAGGUAUGGAUGGCAUUCACUACCAAGCAGAAUUUUCUCAAAAUGAAAAGACAGAAUACCAUGAAAAAAUUACAUAUGCAUGAUUAAAAUAAAAUGCUGUGAAAUCCAGUUUUCAGAAUUCUCAUGUUAAUGCAGUCUGUGCCAUAUCUUAUAAAAAUCAAAGGAAUGCCUUAACUUCACUUUUCAUGUGCAUGCACCUUUUCUUGCAUCAUCUGAAUGUUCUGCUGUGCAUCUUCUGGUAGUGCUCCAUCACAGAACCAAUAAAACCCCACAGAAAGACAAUACCACAUCCAAGAGAUAAGCUGUAAACUUUAUAGUGUCAACAUAACUGCCUAUUGCCAUGUAGUCCAAACCUGUAGUAAUGUUUUUUUCAGGGGGGGGAGUCACUAACAGUAUUUAAGCCUCUAUGAUAAUUCAAAUGUCCCAACUUUUGGCAAUGACAUUUGAUUCAAAAUCUAGACGGUCUCGGUCCAAAACUUAUGGGCAAGGGGUCUCGUACUGUACAUUGUGGUGUUCCUAAUUAUGUCAUGGUAAUAAACAGAUUGUAUUAUAUACAACAAUUUGCUGUGCCAUUUAAAUUCCCUGUAACCUAGUGCUGUCAAACGAUUUCAGCUUUCAUUCCUUCUUUCAAGUAACUAUAGUAUUAUAGGUGUAGUAGCCAUGGUUCAAGUCAUAUUUACCUGAGCAGAACCCAGUCGUUGAAAUUGUCAAUCAUGAUGAAAAAGCUUUGAGACAUGUUAUAUCUCUGAGCCCAGAGCUGUCAAAUUUGGUGUACUGCAGGAUUCAGUUCUUGUAUUACUUCUUACACUGCACAUAAAUGCAAUAAUGUUAAAUGUACAGAUUUCCCAUACUAUUUUAUGUGCAGAUACAUAUAUGUUAUUAAAUGGGAGAAGUUGCAUUGUACUAUAUAACUAUUGCAAGGCACAAAAUGAAGAUAUGAUUUGAAACUAACAAUGUUGUCACCAAAAAUGAAGACUAUGGCUCUAAACUUUUAUACAGCUCAAAAAAUUUUCCAGUAACACAAGUAUGAACAUCUGUUAAUUCUAAAAGUGGGCUACACUUGUUAACAAAUUUAAAACUAAGUAGGCUGCUUUUUUACAGUAUAUCCAUUAAAAAAGGUAACAAGUCCCAAAUAAUCUUAAAACUUUGCAUACCGUGUAGUGUAUUAGAAUAUCAAAUAAGUAACAUACAACUAAUAACACUAUAAAAAAGACACUAUUGCCAUACGUGUUUCAACCUCAAGAGGUCAUCAUCAGCGGCAUCUGGGAAAUCAAUUCAUUUAACCAAAUGGUUCAAACUGGAUUUAGAAAUAUUUGGUGUGUGAAUUAUUACAUAGUUGCUGUAUAAAUAAGGAAAUUGCACAACCAACUCGUCUUACUUCACUUUCAGUACAGUGACUGCCAAAAUUGAGAGGCAUGUAUACCAUGAACUUCCAAUCCAAAAAUUAUGAUCAAAAUUAGAGAAUGUAUAUGAAUGUUUGAACCUAUGAAAUAUGGUGAUGCAAGGACCACCUUUAGAAAGAAAAAUAUUUCACAUGUAAUAACCCAAACAACUCAUUCUAUAAAUAAAUUUUAAAAUCUUUGAAAAAAAUA